AUUGUCCAAGAUGGCCGCCCGAAGGAAGAUGUUGUUGUUUUGCGCUGUCUUCUCGUCGCUUUUCCUCGCCUCCCUCUCCGCCACCGUACCGCUCAAGAUGCCGGUGGAAAAUGCCACCAGUCCGAUGGCAGCUGUGAAGAUGGAGAAGGCUUUGGAAGAAACCAUUCUGGUGGAGGUGCAGGAGGAGGCCUUGGCAGAACAGAUACCUGGGGAGUUGGAGGAUAAAGUCAUCAAGGUUGAGCUGAAGCUGGCUGUUCACAAGGGCCAGGUAAAGGUGAACGACCUGCCGGUCAUCACCCCCGGUAUCACCCAUCUGACCUGCAGUGCUCAGAUAUUCCAACCGUCCUCAGGAGGAAAGCUGAUUCCCCAGGGUACAGCGACUGUUGGUGUGAGACUACUGGUGCUGCAGAGGGGGGCCAAACAGCUGCACAUAGAGGAGGAGGUCACCUCUGUCAACGGCACUACGGUCCUACAGGGAGUUGUCCAGCAGGUGUUGAUCGUGUUGAGUGAGAAACAGAAGGAGCUGAAGCGUAUGGUGUCCCACGUCCAGCUGGAGCACAGCAAGGUUCAUCAGCUGUCUGCAGACAGCGAGGUCCAUGUGGCCAAACAGGUUGUGAAGACGUCGACCAUGGGCCAUGCGGAGAUGACCAGUAACCAGCAGGAGGCUGUGGACAUCGCCCCAGAGAUCAGUACUGAAGAGGUCGCUGCUCCCGGCAAGCUUCCAGAGACCCCCCUACGAGCUGACCCCCCUGCAAAACCCAUCACCUUCCAUUCGCUGUGCAGCCGUAUGGAGGAGCUGAAGAACCAGAUGUGCGUGACGUUCCGCCGGAUGUGCGACGAGUUCAACCUCCAGUCGUUCUACGUGCGGCUGCUCACCCUCUGUAUGAUCGGAGCCAUGACGGUCCUCAUGUGUCUGGCCUGUGUCAAGGCCUUCUGUCCGGCGGAGGAACUCACAAGAGAGGACAAGAUAAAACUGGGACUGCUGUGUGAGGGGUGUGAGCUCAAACAGGCGGAAGAAACCAACAAGGCUCUCAAGUAUUACGGGUGGGCAUAGAAGGCUAAGAUUGUAACAGGGCAUGGCGAAAGCAAGCUAGUUAAUGCUUAGGUCACAAUUGGAAAAAAGGGGCAUCACCGGGUAGUUUAUGGGAUGUUUUUCUGCACUUAGAAAAUGCAGAGUCAUUCCCAUACCACAAAAGAAUUCCUCGGUUUAGUUAGCAUAUAGUAGAAAAAGGAUUCCAAGUGUAAAAAGUGGAGUAAAAGUCCUUUCUUUGUGCUAAGUUAUUAUAUUGUGCAAGAAACAGUCUCGUAAUCAUAUUGUUUAUUGAUGGUUUAUUGAUAUAUAUGAAUUUGUAUGUUGUAAUUUGGAAUGUUGGGAAAAAUUUAUCAUGUAGAACAAAACUGGACUGGAUUUGAGUGAGAUAUGGAAAGACUUGUUUAGAAAGAAGGUAUGAAAUUUGUUAGGUUUGGUAACUAAAGGAUUAUCAACCAGAGCACUUUCUAAAAAUUGUAGGCAUAAGAAUGUGUACAAACGUUUGGGUCUAGGUAAUUUAAGAUCAUUCAGAAGUCAUACACAGUUACAUGUAAUGUAAUUGAAAGUAGCCAGAUCAUAGCUGAAUGCCACACCGUUUCAAACCACACAGUAGUUGUUUAGAAACAUGGCAGCUUGUAAUAGAUUAAUGCCACCAUCACAGAUAAGUACUAAUAAGUAACCCAAGGAUUAUGAAUUCAAUACAGGGUGCAGGCUACCCACAGUCUUCCUUCUUAAGGGACUCAAACAAAUUUGUCAUAGGCCAUCUUUAAGACUCUAGUAUCUUAGGAAGUUUUGCUUCUAUGGUUAACUGUAAAACAUGCAUUCAGUUCACAUUGAAUGACUCAAAAUAUAUGCAUUACGGAAGGGAAGUUGCAAGAAAUCUUAAACACUGAACUUAAGUCUAGUUCACAAAUUAAGAAGGCAGGACAAUGACAGAUAACAUAAUUCACACACUGUAUAUGUCAUUUCAAAAAGGUCAAAUUAAACAUUCUGUAUAAAAGGACAUUUUAUUGUUAAAAAAAAAAUCAGAAAUCAUACUCCUUCAUGUUAUGAACACCAGACAUGCAAAUAGUAUCUAAACUGGGACCAGGAAAAGUUAUAGAGAAUUUGUACAAUUCACAGAGUAAGUAAGUUGCAUGUAUGCAGGAGAAAAUACAUGCAUUUAUGUAGACAUGUGGAAAUCGCUUAUAGGAGAGAACAAGCUAAAUAUAAAGAUAUUUACUCGAGCUUAUAGCAGGCAACUAACAAGAAAAUGUUGUUUUAGGCCACACCAAUUUAAUUUCUUGGUUAACGGAUUUUUCUAGAAAAAUAAUGGA